GUUAGGUUAUACCGACCAAAAUGCAAGUUCUUCAUUUUUAUUUGGUGAGUAUUUUGUCUUGUGUUAACACAGCAUUAUCAUUAGGAGGACUAACAACAUUGUACUCUCCCGGAAGUGUUCAAUGUACACAGACAUCACAGUUAUCGAAACUACAGCCCCAAUCAAGCAGCUCUUUUCCAUCUACUUUAAAUAAUAAUUUAAAAUAUAAGUCUCAGUCGAACAAUACAAGUGGUAAUAUAUCUAUGAUUAAUAAUAGUUCUAAUGCACAAGUGGUAUCAGGAGUAAAUGGAAAUGAAUCGGACCCUUUCACCAGUGAAAAUGGUAUUGGUCAAUUGUCAGACGUCUUAUUACCCGCCAGUGAAUCCGAUAAACCUGGUAAACCUGGUACCGAUUCAUUCAACCUUUAUAAAAGUACAGUACUAGUUUUCAGAUUUGUAUUUAAUACUUGGCUAGAACAUAAAGAAGAAUUAUUAAAAGAUAUCGCAAACAAAUGCGGAAUUUCUAAUGAUAUUGUUCAAAUAGUGAAUGGUUCAAUGACACAACUAUUCAAGAUGCAACGCAACAAUAGAUCACUAAAACUAAGUAAUUUAGCAAAAACGUUCUAUUACAUGUUUGACGUCAAACACAUGAUUGAAAAUUUUGUACGUAAGGAAAAUAUUAUAAGUAAAAUACAAUUGUUGAUAGAACAAAUAGAAUCUGAUAUAAAUAUGAAAGAUACAGCUGAAUACGGUGAAAGCGAUAUUACUUCUGUUGUUCAGAAUCUAAAAGGCUUCUUAGAAAAUUAUAAAGAUGGCAAGUAUAAUAACAACGCUAUUAUGGUUAAUAUAGGGUUAAUGAAAGGCAUGAUGCUGAUAAACCUAACAGAAAAUGACUGAGUGAAUUAUGAACUGAAUAAACU